AUGAGUGAUCUUCUUUGUUUUGAUGGUGGAAGUUCUAAUCUUAUUGGAACUACUUCUAAAAAUGUUUUAGAUUUUGAUGAUGAUUCUUCAAAGAAAAAUGAUUCAAUGAAAGAUAUUUUCUCAAUUGGAAAACAAACUCUUCCAAUUAAUCGUUUAACAGCAUUACCAAAAACACCAACUGAUAUGAAAGUUGACGCUUCAUUAAUUCAUGAAGCUGGUAGUUUAUUCUUACAAUUAGAAAUUACAAAUAAUAGUCCUUUAACAAUGACUAAUUUCCAAAUGCAAUUUAAUAAAAAUGUUUUUGGUUUAGUUCCUGGUCAAUUAAAUAUUGAUGCUAUUCCUCCAAACAAACGUUGGGGUGCUUUACUUCCCGUUGGACUUAUUCCUCCUGAAAUUACAACUCCUGUCUCUUCUCGUUUAGAAGUUGCUAUUGCUAAUUCUACUCAACAAAUCUAUUUCUAUAUCCUUGAAAUGCCAAUCAGUUUAUUAAUGAAAGAACAAUCUCAACUUGAUAUUGCUAAUUGUGCUAAUUUAUGGAAUUCUCUUCCAAAUACUAUGUCUAAAGAAUAUAAAGGCUCUGGACUUCAACUUAAACUUCAAAAAUUAUCUACUUUCAUUUUAGUAGCUUCAAAAAAAGUUAAUGACAAAGAAUUAUUAAUGUACACAAUUAAAUUCCUUAAUAACAUCGAUGUUAUGCUUGAAAUUACUUCUACUUCUAAAGGAUAUAAAAUCCUUGCUAAAUGCAUAGAUAAACAAUAUUUAUCCUUUAUUUUCAAAUUCUUAGAUGGGCUUUUUAAUUAA